AUGGUGCACUGGACAGCCGAAGAGAAGCAGCUCCUCACCGGCCUCUGGGGCAAGGUCAAUGUGUCUGCUUGUGUCCCUCCGUCUCUCCCCAGGCUGCUGAUCGUCUACCCCUGGACCCAGAGGUUCUUCGCUUCCUUUGGGAACCUCUCCAGCCCCACCGCCAUCAUCGGCAACCCCAUGGUCCGUGCCCAUGGCAAGAAAGUGCUCACCUCCUUCGGGGAAGCCGUCAAGAACCUUGACAACAUCAAGAACACCUUCGCCCAGCUGUCCGAGCUGCACUGCGACAAGCUGCACGUGGACCCCGAGAACUUCAGGCUCCUGGGUGACAUCCUGAUCAUCGUCCUGGCUGCCCACUUCACCAAGGAUUUCUCUCCCGAAUGCCAGGCUGCCUGGCAAAAGCUGGUCCGUGUGGUGGCCCACGCUCUGGCCCGCAAGUACCACUAAAGCGUCAGCACGAAGUCCCCUGGCAGCAUCCUCCAGCUGCGUGUCGUGCACCGGCUGACGUGCUGCCCUGGAUCUGACAGCUUUUAACAGCCAAAUAAAGCUCAUCCUGUGAAGGC